UAAAUAAAUGAUGAGCAAGACAUCGAGGAUAAUUACUUUGGUUAAUGAACAGGACAAGAAUACAAUUGCGAAUAGACUUUCAAUUCAGGAUCUUGCUUUCUUGCAUUCAUAAAUACAUACAGUACGAUCUCUCAAGAGCUCUCAUUUACAAUAGCAUACCGUAUAUCAAGAGCAAUACACACAUAUACAUACACAUACUUACCUGCCUACGAGAACAUGUCACCAACAAUGAAACUCACCACAUCCCUCAACCCACCAGCCCGUCCCAAAAGCACCGACUCAGCAAUCGCCCUCGCAGAACAAGACGAGCAAAUCCCCGCCUCAGCACCAUCCUCAGGCUCAAAGCACAUGUCCGUCUCAGAAGCGAUUCUAGCGCGCCACUCAUCCCGUCUGUACCUCCCCCGCCCCGUACCGCGCGCCCACCUCACCCGCGCGCUCUCCCUCGCACAACACGCCCCCUCCAACACAAACACGCAACCCUGGCGUCUAUUCAUCGUCCAAGACGACGCCCUAAUACGGCUCAACACGGCCUUACUCGCAGCCGCAGCGCUCUCAGCCCCCUCGAUCCCCCCUCAUCCGGCGCCGUUCGCGAAAUACCGCGCCGCGCUCGGCAGGACAUUAUACGGCGACGGCUGGGGUCUCGCGCGCGACGACGCGGAAGGGCGUCGCGAGGCAGUGAUGCGGAACUUCGAGUUCUUCGGGGCGCCGGUGGGGAUCGUGGUGUGCAUGAGUAGCGACCUCGUGGGCACCGAGGCGUUCAGCGUGGGCAUGUAUGUGCAGACGUUAUUGCUUGCGCUGACGGAGGUCGGGGUGGGGAGUUGUGUGGAGAUUAGCAUCUCUGGGUAUGCUGAGGUCGUGAGGGAGGUCGUUGGGAUUGGGGAGGGGUUGGUGGUGCUUUGUGGGAUUGCGGUGGGAUUUGAGGACGCGGGUGCGCGCGUGAAUCGGGUUCAGAUGGGGCGGGAUGGUGUUGAGGAGAGUACGGUUUGGGUGGAGUAGGUGUGAGGUGGGUGAGUGAGUGAGUGGGAUGAGAUGAGAUGAGAUUAGUGCGGGGUGAGAUGUGAGGGGUGAAUGUUGGGAAGUGAAGAGAAGAGUGAGAUUGGGGUGGGAGUGAGAUGAGAUUUUCAUUAGUAUCUGAUCAUUCGAAUGCAUUAGGAUGGCGGCGGC